AUGGCUUCUCCUGUUGGAACACCUUCUGGGUCCAGCCUGCUGCAAAAGUCAGCUUCCGAAGAGGAUCUGCAGGCAGUGAUGAACCUUAAGAUGCAGAAGAGAAAGAUAUCGAACCGUGAAUCUGCGAGGCGGUCCAGGAUGCGCAAGCAGAAGCAUUUGGAUGGUCUCACCGCGCAGAUGGGCCAGCUGAGGAAGGAGAACAGCCAGAUCUUGACAACCUUCACCCUCACCACGCAGCGGUUUUUUGCAGUGCAGGCUGAGAACUCUGUCCUGAGGACGCAGAUGGUGGAGCUCAGCAACAGGCUGCAGUCUCUCAAUGACAUCCUCCACUGCUUGAAAGCAAAAUAUAGCAUCAGUAGUGGCCCCAUGAUCACUGAUGACUUCAUCAAUCCGUGGAACCUCAUGCGCAUGAACCAGCCGAUCAUGGCUUCAGCCGACAACAUGUUUCAGUACUGAAAGAUAAGAAUCCAUCAAUGAUGUAAAAGCGAAGGCUGCUGCCUGUGCUGUUGCUGUCGGUGCUUUUAGAGCUUCAAAUGCUCAAACUGUAUAAAACUCCAGUAUGUCAAGUCCAAAAGUUGUAUGAAUGGUAUAAAGGGAAAGCUUGGUCACAGAUUGUGGCUUGUAUGUUGUCUCCUA